AGGAAAUGGGUCAAGUGAGGGCAGUUGGCUCUUCCUGAUUGUGGAGCGUAAACUACUCAGCGAUUAUUCACGAGUCACGUCGCCUGUGGUCUUCAUGGAUGUGGAGUGUUUGUAAAGCAGGUACACAACUUAACUCUGUUUGAUCACGUGACAUGUCAGACUAACUGAGGAACUCAAGGCAGCAGAUGCUGCAGGGCGGCCCCUCGACUCCCAGCUGCACCUCCACCCCACCAGACUGCUUCCCCCUCAGCCUCGGCCACACGGCCGAAUGUAGAAGUGAGACCUCGGCUGAACCAGCGAACCGCAAACUGACGGAUCUCUCCAGGAUGAGGUCCACCGUGAGCUUUUACCUAUGCUACCUGCUGUGCCUGUGCCUGGGCUUGGCCUGCGUGGUGUGCGUGUGUGUUUGGAACAGCCAGUGGCGCGGCGGGUUCGCCUGGGACGGCUCAGCCCUGCAGUUCAACUGGCACCCCGUCCUGAUGGUCACAGGCCUGGUGGUGGUGUACGGCAUCGGAGCGGUGGUGUACCGCAUCCCCCUGACCUGGGGUCAGAACAAACUGCCCUGGAAGAUCCUUCAUGCUGCACUGAUGCUCAUCGCCCUGCUGCUGUCAAUCGUGGGACUUUGUGCUGUGUUUGACUUCCACAAUGCCAAACACAUGGCCAACCUCUACUCCAUACACAGCUGGAUUGGAAUAACUGCUGCCGCUCUGUUUGCCCUACAGUGGGUGGUAGGUGUGGCUGGUUUUCUCCUGCCGUGCUCCCCUGUUUCACUACGAAAACUCAUGAAGCCCGUCCACGUGUGGCUGGGAGGCAGCAUACUGUUGUUCAGCAUAGCCGCCUGUAUCUCCGGAAUUAACGAGAAACUCAUCUUUGCUCUUAAAGGAAACCCCAAUGAAACUCAGCCGUACUCCAGCCUUCCACCUGAGGCCGUGUUAGGAAAUUCAUUGGGAGUUUUGAUCGUAGCCUUCGGUUUGGUUGUCCUGAAGAUUUUGUCCAACUACUCAUGGCAGCGACCGGACCCUCGGCCGGAGGAUUUGGCUUAUGCGCCAUUGUUUCAAGAAGAAAAUGAUUGAAGGAAAAUUGUCCAGGCAGGGAGAAUCUGCUCAUCAAUCACAGAUCAGAAGAGUCGAGAUAGCUCUACUCUGAAUGUAAAAGGAGCUGCCUGGAGUUUGUAAGAAUGAUCUGCUUCUGCAAAUAUUUAUUUGAAAUUUUAUUUAAUGUUGCUUUUUUUUGCUUGAAGAAUAAAAACUAGUGCUGUCAAACGAUUCACAUAUUUAAACGCGAUUAAUCGCAUUUAUGUCAUAGUUAACUCAAAAUUAAUCGUGAAUAAUCGCAAAUUUGUAUCUAUUCUAAAUGUCCCUUCAUUAAUUUUUUCUCCAUAAUUUUUUGGGGGUUUUAAUGCUCUAUCAACAUGGACAAGUGGAUCGGCUUGCUUUAUGCAAAUGUUUUAUUUUAUUUAAAAACAACAUUGCCAAAAACAAAAUAAAAUUAUAAAGUGCACAUUUCAGGUAAACAAGGACUCUAUAGUGCAGUUAAACCAUGGCUUAAUUUUUUCCUUUUUUUCAAGUUUGCUGUGAACAUAGCAGUCAGGCCUCUCAAACAGACAAGCAACAAAAUAACAAACAAACAAAAUACACAGGCAAGUGUCAGCCUACUUUGAAAUAAAUUAAACACAGAACUGUGUAGGGCUAUCCUAUUUGUGGAAAAUGUAUGAAAUAAGAAGUACCCUAUUUUGAAAUAAAUAAAAACAUAUAGCUGCACCCUAGUAGCUUAAAAAUAUAUAUUUUAGUUAAUGUAAAAAAUGUAAUGUAGUUGGCGAAAUAUUUAAACAAAAAGUGAGAGCAGGUCAGACUGGAGGCGAACACAGAUACUGAAGCUCGAUAGAAACCAACUACAGCUUCUGCUCUGAUCGAGAAGCUGAGGCGCUGAUCUCUGAUCAGCUGAGAGCAGAGAAACUGUUUUCACUGUUUUCAUAGUUAAGAAGAAGCCGGUCACUGAGAGGCUGCUUCACGAGAACAAGCUCAGAUCUCACUGUGUCUCCCUGAGCGAGUGCGCGGGGGCAGGGGGCGGAGCUAUGGUGCGCUUUCUGGAACCACACACACACACACACACACUCGCCCGCUCCUUGUACUUCAUGACGGCCUGAUACGAUGAUGUUUUAAAUAAUUAUUGUGACUUAGUCAACCACCAACAUGCAAAAGCGUGAGUUGGCAGCUCUGCGUUAAACUCGCGAUAAAAAAAUUGACGGCGUUAAAAUGGGUUUGCGUUAACGCCGUUAAUAAUGCGUUAAACUGACAGCAAUAAUAAAAACAUGUGUUUCAUGAAGAAUGUCCUGUUGUGUAGUGCAUGCAGCUCAUCAAUAAUUAAUUUUAGCUUUUACUUUAUUGCAGAUGGGCCAAACUAACACAGGUGGCCGAUAGCUGGAACAUAUACAAAAAUAUGUUGUCCACUGCAGAGCCACAUGAGUUGGGUUGGAUCUGCUACUCAUCCAGCUACUAAUUCAUUUUUUUUAUUAUUUCUUUAUAUAUGUUAUACACAUCCAAACUUCAGUUAAGGUUGAGUCAGCCAAGGACAUGUUCCCCCAUCCCCCAACCCUCAAAGUAAAUGUACCAGAUACUAAGGCAUUUGGUGUUAAAGUAUUAUUUAACUAACUGGGCGGCUGUGGCUGAGGGGUAGAGUGGUCGUCCUCCAACUGAAGGUCGGCGGUUCGAUCCCCAGUCUGAACCAUCUGCAUGCUGGAGUCUCCUUGGGCAAGAUGCUGAACCCUGAAUGGCCCCCAUAGUAUAACAAAAGUGCUGCAAGUAGAUGCACGGUAUGAAUGUGUGUGUGAAUGGGUGAAUGUGAAACUGUAGUGUAAAGCGCUUUUAGUGGUCAUCAAGACUAGAAAAGCGCUAUAUAAAUACAAAUCAAUUUACCAACUAUUUUAAUCUGUCAAAAACAUUUUAUGGGACACUUGGGAACAAAGAGAAUUUUACAUCACAUAUUCACCACAGGCCUAAUGUGUACCUGAUUGAGCUCUUACACUGUGUCGGCACUAGGUCUAUGUUCACGUUCUGUGGAUCUGAGGGUGAAAAGCUUCAAAUUGUACUGUCUCAUGUAUUUGUGUUGUCAUUCCUUUUGAGAUGUGAUAAUGAAAUGGCUCUUAGAAUGUCAGUUCCCGGCUUUGGCCUAUGAACUACUGGAUCGUUACAUUUCACUUGCAUGUGUUUUCGAGGCACUCCAGCCACCCAGUGAAAUGUCUGGAAACCUUCUUGUGUCACCAAGAUAGAGGAUCAACCAUUAAAGUUUUGAAAAGCUGACAUUUGCUUAUCACCAUCAUGAGGUCAAAACUUAGGAAUACUUUCCCAUAACUAUAUCUGCAGAACUAUUGCCACUCCCAUGACAAUAAUUUUGAUGUUAAUACGUACUGACUCAUAGAUCUACCAGAUUCUGUUUUGUGCCUUGAUGUUGCAGCCUUAGUUAGCAGGGUUAUGUCCAAGUUUAAGAAUAUAUCUCUAAACUAGCAUGGCACUAAGAAUCAAUACUUCCGACAAGACCCAGAAGCCCCUGUUUGAAACCACAUUUAUAUUCACCUGAUUCAUGGUAAUCCUUGUAAUAUCUAAGUACUGUUGUUUGUCUGAUUUAAUUUUGAAAGUUGAAUGUUCAAUGUAAGACACAUCAGGUAAUGAAAAUGUGUUAUCCGACAUGAUUCUGUAUUCUACAGAGAGCUUUGUGUAGAAGUGAAAGCUGCAGAAAAAGACCUACCCUGUUCCUCGGUUUUUCUACAAGCUUCACUUUAUUUGAUAAAUAAAUAAUCUGAAAAUUCA